AUGCUGCGCAAUACCGUCGCGAAAACGGCCGCUGCUGCACGGACAACAGCACCCCGGCGGUCGCUCAUCUCUACGCCCCUUGUUCAACACCCGUUAUUGCGAACGCCCCAGGCGGCGCGAAGACUAUCUCCAAAACUAGCGACAAGGCUGGCGCCGCCGUAUGCGUCUUCACGAGGUUACGCGCAAGGUCCUCCGGGCGGGGAGAGUGCGGACUUGACAGAGCUUGCACGGAAGGCAACUGACCCGACCAUUGAGAUCCGGAGAACCAUCCAGAGUGAUCUUGUCAGAAGGACCAAGUCGAAUCCAGUGCUUAUCGGUCCCCCUGGCGUCGGCCUUGCUAGCCGCAUCGUGGCGAAGGAGGUUCCAGAGUCUCUCCAAAACAAGCGAGUCCUUUCGAUCGACCUCUCUGCAAUAAUGGCAGGAUCCGGCAUCCGUGGUCAAUUCGAAGAGAAGUUCAAGGCACUCAUCAAGGAUAUCGAAGAUGAGGCCGGCAAUGUUAUUUGCUUCAUCGACGAAGUCCACACGCUGUUCAACCUCGGCAAGGCUGAAGGAGGUAUUGAUGCUGGACAAAUGAUCAACCUGCGCUUGCUAGAGGCUUGCAGCUGUCGGAGCGACGACCCGUACGCACUCCUGUCUCGCUUGUUCGCAGUAUGUGCUCAUGUCGCCUAUGCAGCCGACGAGUACAGGAAGACCAUCGGCAAGGACGCAGCGCUUGAGCGACGCUUCCAGCCUGUACAGAUCGAAGAACCGACGGUGGAAGCUACCAUCUCUAUCCUUCGUGGGUUGAAGCCCAAGUAUGAGGUGCACCAUGGUGUUGGCAUCUCAGAUGGCGCGCUUGUCACCGUCAAGCCCGACGAACUCGAGGCGCUCGACCGCGAGAUCUCGGACGUGUUCAGCGUCGAGCGGCGGACGAAGGUAGAGGAGACGCUCAAGCAGAAGCGUGAGGAGGCCGCGCGCCUCACGGAGAUCUGGCAGGCGGAGCGUGCGCGCCUGGAGCGCAUCCAGGACCUGAAGCGCCGCCUGGAGGAGGCGAAGCACGAACUGGAGGUCGCGCAGAGACAGGGCCAGUAUGAGCGUGCGUCGCAGCUGCGCUUCGCAACGAUCCCCGAGCUGGAGACGCAGCUCCCGCAGGAGACGGAGAGAAGUGAUGCGGAGAACGUUGGCCCGAUGUCGAUGUUGCACGACCGGGUAACGUCCGAUGAUGUCGCGAGGGUCGUGGCCAAGAGCACCGGUAUUCCAGUACAGAACCUACUCAAGGGUGAGAGGGACAAGCUCGUGCAUAUGGAGGAUACACUUCGCAGGCGUGUGGUCGGCCAGGAUCACGUCGUCGCUGCUGUCAGCGAUGCGGUCAGAAUCUCGCGUGCAGGUCUGCAGGCACCCAAUCGGCCAGUCGCGUCAUUCCUCUUCCUCGGUCCGACUGGCGUUGGCAAGACUGAGCUUUGCAAAGCCCUCGCUGGCUUCCUGUUCAACGAUGAGCAGCGUGGCUUGAUCAACAUCAACAUGUCGGAGUACCAUGACCGGCAUACCAUAUCCCGACUGAUUGGUGCAGCCCCGGGCUACGUUGGCUUCGAAGAGGGUGGCCAACUUACAGAAGCCGUUCGGAGGAAGCCGUACGCCGUCAUCUUGCUCGAUGAGCUUGAGAAGGCGCAUAAGGACGUGGCGAUGAUCUUGCUCCAGAUCCUCGACGAGGGCAGCAUCACUGACUCGCAAGGUCGCAAAGUUGACUUCAAGAACACUAUUAUUUGCUUAACGAGCAACCUGGGUAGCGACAUCCUCGCGCACAAGUCAGCGUCGGACGGCAACGGAGUAGUCACCGCGGAAGCUCGCGACGAAGUCCUUACUCGUACCACAGAAUACUUCCCUCCGGAGCUGCUCAACCGCCUCGACUCCAUGCUCGUCUUCAACAAGCUAUCGAAGGAGUCGAUCCUCCAGGUCGUCUCGCUGCGCCUUACCGACGUCGCCGAACGCCUCAGGGGUCGCCGUAUCACCCUUGACAUCAACGACGCUGCACGGGAGUGGCUCGCACAGCAAGGCUAUUCGGACGUCUAUGGCGCGCGGGCCAUUGCUCGGGUCGUACGGACCAAGGUCCUGGAUGGAGACGUCGUGACCAUCCGAGCAAGCAGCGACGGAUCGACGCUGGAUAUCAAGGACAACCACGAGCCAGAUGCAUCCGUGGAUCGUCCACACCCGUCAACCCUUCGCUGA